AAAUCACCACAAUGAAUGCUUAAUGUUAUUUGUACAGGAUCAACCACAUCAACCACAACUAUCUCAACAACUAAAGCAAGCCAAGAAACCUCUUCCACGAGCACAAGCAAAGCUGCAACUGCAGGUAUUACAACUACUACUGCGAAUUCUUCAGCAGCAGCCCAACCAACACAGGCCUCUGCACAUGGGUCACUAUCAACAUCCAACGACACAGCAAGCACAGGGACAGCUGAAUCACCAGCACUGAGCUCUGUGACUUCAUCUCACUUGGCUCUAACAACUCCUGAUCAACAUAACAAGACAACAACAGAAAGGGCACCUCCCAACGAGAAUGCCACUCAGAGAAGCAUACCAGACACGCUUCAAAAAGUAACUGAAGCUCCAACUGAAAGCAACACUGCAAAUGCACACUCUGAAAACCAGGAUCACCCCUCUUAUACCACCAUUAUUUUGCCGGUCAUCAUUGCCUUGAUAGUCAUAUCCCUUUCCGUAUUCCUUCUGGUGACUUUGUACAGAAUGUGCUUGAAGACAACUCCAGAGAGACAAGAAAACGGAACUGAACAAGCCCCAUCGGAUAAAGAGAAUGUGAAGCUUAUUUCUGUGAAGACAACUUCUCCAGAAAGUGGAAUGUCCAGUUUCUUGACUCUUUCCUCAUAUGACUUGCCUUUAGGCAUGUCAUUACCUUUGGAGCCCUUCAAACCAAUGCGAUCAGGCUUCUCAAGGGAAGAAUAGAACUCGGCAGCAGAAUGAUUCGUCUUCUUCACACCUUGGCAACAAACGGGUGUGAAGAUAUCCUGUUCCAUGAAUUCCUCCUGGAAGGAGCCACUCACCAAAGCAGACAUUCCAAUGGAACAGUGUGGAUUCAUGGCGUCUCCACAUCUACAGACAGAAUGUGCACACUUACUUCAUAAUAGUUUUAUCUACACAUUGCCACUUUCCCCCCUUAUAUGCCUGCUGUUUUUAUAUUUUUUAUAGUGGCUCUGUUAACUGGUGUAUAGUACAUAUUUAUUGAUUUCCCUGUAUGUAAAAGCACUGAAAUGUUCACAUUUUAUAAUACUAAUGUCAAAUUGAUAUUUGACUGUUGGUGAAAAAUUCUGUAUAUAUAAAAAAUGUUCUGCCUGUAAAGGGGG